GCAUGCAGCUUCACGAACGUGAUGUCCUCUACUGAUUCAUUGCCAAAGUAAAUAUCAUAAUGAUUUUACCUUGAUUGUCAAAAGCACGUCCGCAGAUUCAUGUCUAAGCAUGAAAAAAAUUUUUCGAUAAAUACCUAUGACUUCGUUUCUGUUUUUAAUUUGAUGCGACUGAGCCGCAAACGAAGACAUAUAACCGAUUCUUUGUAUAGAACUCGGCGAGAAUGAUUGUAAUCCUCAUUCUCUGGGUUAAUGCACUGUCCUAUGUUUUGGUCAGCUCCCAAGAUUCAGUGCCAAAACGAAAAGAAAAUCCUUCAUGCAACAUCAACAACUACAACAGCUUCUACGCAGGGCCAAACAAAAAAAUGGAAAAUAUUAUCUUGGGCAUGAAGAGACAACUGGACGAGAUUCGGGAGGAACUGAAGAAUUUGACAGAGAAGGACGAGAGCAGUGAUAAAGACUUGCCUCACAAUAAAAACUGUGCUGAGCUCUACAAAUCUGGUAAAACAGUGAGUGGAGUUUAUGCAAUCAACCCCGAUGGUUCAAGUGCCGGUGCCUUUGAUGUAUACUGUGAUCAGAAAACAUCUGGCGGGGGCUGGACAGUGUUUCAGAAGAGACUGGACGGCUCCGUUGAUUUUUACCGAGGGUGGAAUGAUUACAAAAAAGGCUUUGGUAAUCUGAAUGGCGAGUUUUGGCUUGGACUGGUCAAGAUAAACCGCCUGACGAGCAGUGACAGAUACAAGCUGCGUGUUGAUCUGGAAGACACCGAAGGAAAAACAGCCUAUGCAGAAUAUAACUUGUUCGCUAUCACGGGCGAGCGGGCUGAUUACCAGCUAAGUCUCGGAAGCUAUUCAGGAACUGCAGGUGAUUCUCUCUCUCCUCAUCGAGGCCUGCCAUUUUCAACCAGAGACCAGGACAAUGACAGCUGG